GUCGCGGAGGCGGCGGAGGCCGAGGAGGCCCGGGACGCGGAGAGCGUGGAGGAGGAGGUGGCUGCGGCUCUGCCAGCACUGCCAGUGAAAGAGAUAAAAGAAAAACCUGAACAACAGAUCCAAACAAAAGAGACUGACAAGGUACUUAACAGUACCGAACCUCCUCGACAGCACCCAAGUGCCUUAUUUGCUAGAGGAACUAGGAAAGCAGUCAAAAGUCCUCAAAGAUCAUCAAGUAAGAUAAAAGAGAACAAGCAUCCGUUUGCCCUUUACGGGUGGGGAGAGAGGCAGACGGCGACGGGGAGCCAGAAAACUCACAACGUCUGCGCUUCUGCCCCAGUGCAUGAGAUUCAUGAAUCAGCAUUACGAGCCAAGAACAGAAGACAGGUGGAAAAAAGGAAACUGAUCGCUCAGAGGCAGCGCGCUCACUCCGUAGAGGUGGAGAAAAACAGAAGGAUAAAGCCUUCCCCCUCUGAGAACCCAUGGAUGACAGAGUAUAUGAGAUGCUACUCAGCACGGGCUUAAAGGCAGAAAUGGUUGCUGGGACAGCCUCUUCGAAAAAGCAUAGACAAAAGAAAGAAGAAGCGGAACAAAAGAAAAACCAUCGAAAGAAAACAGACACAGGUUUAAGAAACCGAUGGAUUAUGCAAGGUUUUUCGUAGGGAAUUUCCUAAAGACUGCUCUAUUUUGGUGGAUCCUGGUCACCUACCUCAGCAGUAGGGCGACAGUCGAAGCCAUAGACAUUUGGUUAUUUAUGAAGCUAAUUCCCUAAAUAUUUGAUAUUCUUAUAAGGGUUUUGUUUUAAAGCAUCUUAAUCUUUUCAGACACCGACACCGAAUGCCUUUAAAUGGCUACAGAUGCUUAACGCUCAGUAUUUUUGUCAGUUUAGCUGGAGCCUAUUUUCAUCCUGUUCUAAUAACUUUGCAGAUUCCAUAGCCAGUAAGAUCAUUCCAACUUGCAGCUUAAGACCCAUUUUCCUUAUGUGGAGUUUUCUUUGCAAAAGAAUAGCUUGUCAACUGAGUUUCAACACUAAUAUUGACGCCUUGUGUAGUGAAACCACAACCUCAGUAGUUCCUGAACAAUUAAACUUACUUGUGUUUCAGUUUCAGCACCACGUCACAUAGACUGUGAUAUUUAAGAAUUCUCUGCGUUGGGUGGGGGUCCUCUUUUCUCUUUAAAUUGUCAUCGAGGCACUUAUUAUUUCAUAGGUUAAUAGAGCAAAUGCAUUCCAAUGAAUGAAGUGCCAGUGCCGUGUCUUUAGUACCAAAGUUUCUUUUGAAACUUUUUUUAUUAUUAUUGCAACUUUUUUUUUUUUUUUUUUUUUUUUUUAAAGCACAUACGGGGAAUCAGUUUCUUGCUGCGGUGUGGCCUUUUGGCACAUACGCGCUGUGGACUUUUGCCUCUUCUUUAAUAGUUGGCAAUGACAUUUAGAGCUUACAGUGUGAAAUUUCAUUUAAUUAUGUUGAGAUUGUCUUGCCCACUGGGGACAGGGACAAAUAUUAAGAUUCCAAUUAGAGAUGUGGCCCAGCCCUCCUUCCUACACUUUUCCCUCUUUAGAUUCUUUCAUAGCAAAGCCUUGACACUGUACAGUAUUCAGACUUCCAGCUGAAACACGGUACUCGGAGAUUCCUAGCCAGUAGGUGUUACAGAGAACUCAAUCAACAGUGGGAGAACAGUAGUGUGUGUCCAGGCACAGAUGUGAGUGUGUAAGCAAAAUGCCCUUUCCCUGGGACAUUUGCUCUUAGGGUAGAAAAAUGGUUUUAAGAAAUACCGGUUUCCAUCCAGCAGAUGGAGGAAUCUACAGGAAGGGGGAGUGCUAAACUCUCUAUAAGAGAGAAAAAAGGUCUUUGCCUAGGCCAGGUUGGCACCUGGAGAUGGGCGAAUAAAAUUUGCCAUUAGAUGUGAGCUUGAACAUUUCCUUGAUAUUUUUACUGUGUAUCUUUGAAGUAUUAUGGUCAAUUUUUAAUUUUUUUAAGUAGGCUCCAUAGCCAACAUGGGCUUGAACUCAUGACUCUCUGAGCAAGAGUUGCAGGCCCUACUGACUGAGCCAGCCAGGCGCCCCUAUGGUCAAGUUUUAGAACACAAAUAUGUUUUAUUCCACAUAAAGUCUUUAUACAGUGUCAUCUUACAACUGUAUUGAGCUUUGAAGACUCACUUAAGAAUCAUGAACUUUAAAAAAAAAUACUUUUUAAAUAUUUGCGUUGUUUUGAAGUGAAUUCUUUUACAUAGAGAGCUCUCCUAAUCAUUGAGAUGUAUAUUUAACAGGAAGUUCUAUAUGUUGGUCCAAACAAUGUUGCUAAUAAUUCUGGUGAAUGUUGCUGUAAUUAUUAUUAAAGUCCUUAAACACUGCAGGUACCUAAAAGAUCAAAUUAAUGUGGCAUUGUGGUGGCGUAGCUGAUUGUAGAAACUUUUCCUUUCUAACCACUUCUUGCAUGUUUGGUUUUAGCCAUGAAGCUCAGGCGUUCUGUUGCACCUGACAAUCUUAGGGAAGCUAGCCUCGGGAGGAGCUCAGGCCCCAGACUGACGGCUGCCUCAGAAACCCAACUUCCUCCAGGCUUUGACCAAGCCAGACUCUCUCCUCUAGAGAACAGACUCGUAUUUAAUGUGCUCACUACUGAAAACUCCAGAUAGAGAUAAAACCUAGAGAGCAAUAUUGACCAAUCCCCCCCUUUUUAAGUAGAGGACAAAUGAACAAGCUUUUUAAAGUACUUUUAAUGUGCAUGAACAAUGAAUAAAUCAGUCCGAAUUAAUUGUGAGUGCCCUUCCCAUGCCCAAGUCAUUAGUUCGUUCAGGUGUCUUUUCUUUUUAGGGGUGAAAAUUACCCUUUGAGCCCACGACAUUUUUUAAGUGGUAACAAUUUGAUGGUCUUACUUUUUCCUUCUCACUCUAGAAACAAAUGCAUUUGUAACCAUGUUCCUAAUUCAUGGGACAAGAUGGAAGACAGGAAGAUAGUUUAAAAUUAACGUUCAUGUUGAAAAGUUUGAAACUGAGAAUCCAGUGACACUUAGAAGAAAAUAAUCGCUACAUCAGACUCUCUCUUUUAAAUUUGGUUUUAAAAUUAAAACAGUUUGCCAUAAACAUGUUUUCUGUGUUACUUUUAUUAAAAGCAGUAAUAGAAUAUUGAAUAACACCUAGCACUCUGCUGGACCAAGGUGAAUGAGAAGUAAAUAGGAAUCUAUUCUUUUUCUUUCUUUUAAAACCUAAAAGGCUGCUCUUAUUUAGGACGUAUCAAAAUACUUGGUACUUCUGGUUUUAUAUAUAUGUAUAUAGAUGUAUUCCUCCACUGCUAUAACAUUUCUAAACACACAUAUACAUUUUUUAAAGUUUACUAAACAUAUAAUAGGGUGUAGGUUAUCUUAUUUGUUCACGAUGUAGGAGGCACACAUUUAUGGCACUUCAGAUGUAAUUGCUUUGUCAUUGUUUCAUUAAAUAAAAAUUGCUAAUACCUUGAAAGGUGUGUAUGCGAGGUCACUCCGACUCAGCUAAAAUGCAUGAAAGGUGUCUGUGAGUUGUUAGAAAUCACCCUCUAAAACAGAAGUCUGUGCUAUUGGCUGGGUUAAAAAAAAUCUGUAGGGAUUCCCCUCCUCCCUUUAACUUGAGAUGCUGUCCUGAGCAUAAAAUUUAAAAAUGCAAUGUUAUAGUAUUUGGUAUUUAAAAUGUUCAAAAGUAUUAAAAAUGUUCAAAAGUAUUGGGAAGGAGGGAGAGAGGCAAAGCAUAUGUUAGAAGUCAAAACAACUUUCCUUGUUGACGGCUUCAGUAAAAAAAUAGUUUCGUGGAUAGUUUUACCCUGGACUAGAUUAAAAAUGGUGCUAAUGUUUAUCUUGAUUCUGUAUUUGGUUUGAUAUUAAAAUGCUAAUGCCUGACUCAUAAGGUCCUUACUGUAGUCUGGUGAUAAGUUAUGUAAUAUUUAAGAAGGGACCCUAAAAAUGUGACCUGAUUAUUUCAGAAUGUUUGCAUUUGAAAUGGAUUUUUGUACAACAGAAUGAAUAGGGAGUUACUCAGUGUAAGUAUAUGCUUAAUACCAAAUUCUAUGCAAGGAGCUAUGCCUAGAUUAUUGGCCCAGAUUUGCUCCCUUCAAGCCUACUAGCGUGAGAUGGAAAUAAGUUGCUUCUUUAAUACUUAUUUCCAUUUUGAAAGUUAGGACACUUGCAUGAAGACAUUAGAAGCCUGUUUUUGGAUUUCUUUUAUAAUUUAGCAAAGCUGUACUUAACCAUAGUCUCCCCACGUCGUUGUAUGUUUAUUUUGAGGACGGACUUCACUUUAACAUUCUGGAGGAACAAAGUCUGGGCACCUAUAAUCACAAAGCUCAGGCAAUGAGAAUUUUGGGUUGUAUUUUCUAAAAACUAUGUAUUGCUUUUAGCUUAUAUUUAAUAUUGCAAUUACUUGGGAAAAUGUGAAUAAAGUUAAUAUUACAGGC